CUAUAAAUCUUGGGGGUCCGAGCCGCAAAGGGAUACAAGCGCGUGACAGCCGCGGCCAGCUAGCCAGGGGACAGACGGGCGGCGGUGGCGGCGACGGGCUGCUCCUGGCAGGGGUGGGGGGAGAUCCGGAGGAGCCUGGCUCGCCCAGGGCUGAGCUGCUCGCCCCAGGCAGCGCGCAGAGAGCCCGGGCGGGACCUCCCGACUUUGCCAUUGCACCGCCAGCUCACCACGCGGGGCGCGCACCAGCCUGCAAGUUCCCGCUGCCUUAUAAAGUUUAUAUCGUGCCUGAAACCAACCUGCAAUUGAAGAGAUCAAGAUGAGCCUUAAUUCAUCUACCGAAGGGACUGUUAAAAGAAUCCAUGUUGACUGCCCCGUUUCAGGAAGGCAUGCCUAUAUAUACAUUAUGGUUCCAACUGUUUACAGCAUCAUCUUUAUUGUAGGCAUAUUCGGGAACAGCUUGGUGGUCAUUGUCAUUUGCUUCUACAUGAAAUUAAAGACUGUGGCUAGUGUCUUUCUGUUGAAUUUAGCCCUGGCUGACUUGUGUUUCCUAAUGACAUUGCCACUGUGGGCAGCCUACACAGCCAUGGAAUACCACUGGCCUUUUGGCAACUGUUUAUGUAAAAUAGCAUCAGCUGUGGUAAGUUUCAACCUGUAUGCCAGUGUGUUUCUACUCACAUGUCUUAGCAUUGACCGUUACCUGGCUAUAGUACAUCCAAUGAAGUCCCGACUUCGGCGCACCAUGCUUGUUGCCAAAAUAACUUGCAUCGGCAUCUGGCUGCUAGCAGGACUGGCUAGUUUGCCUGUCCUAAUUCACCGUGAUGUAUUUUUUGUCGAGAAUAUGAAUAUGACAAUUUGUGCUUUUCGGUACAAGACCCAUAAUACAACACUGCCUGUUGGCCUAGGUUUAUCUAAGAACAUGUUGGGUUUUUUAAUUCCCUUUUUGAUCAUUUUAACAAGCUACACCUUAAUCUGGAAGACACUGAAGAAGGCUUACCAAAUUCAGAAAAACAAGACCAGAAAUGAUGACAUUUUUAAGAUGAUUGUGGCAAUAGUACUUUUCUUCUUCUUUUCCUGGAUUCCUCAUCAAGUGUUUACAUUUCUGGAUGUAUUAAUCCAGCUACGUAUCAUAACAGAUUGCCAAAUUGUUGAUGUUGUGGAUACAGCUAUGCCCUUCACCAUCUGCAUAGCUUACUUCAACAAUUGCUUGAAUCCCUUUCUUUAUGGUUUUUUUGGAAAAAAAUUUAAAAAAUAUUUCCUGCAGCUACUAAAAUACAUUCCACCAAAUGUCAGAGCACGUCCAAGUCUAACAACAAAAAUGAGCUCCCUUUCCUAUCGACCAUCAGAAAACUUAAGUUUAUCCAUGAAAAAGACUAUUGGGUCUUUUGACAUUGAGUGAUGUCUUUUGUGCUAUAUGUUUCUAGAACAACCUUGCAUAUCAAAGUUCACCCACAGUCCUGACCAUCACAGCUUACUGCACAUUACUAAGACAUUAAAUCAUCUACUAGAAAUCAUCUUUGGAAGAUUUAGCAGUGUCCUUUUAUAUUGUCAAGAGGACUGUUUGUUAUUUUUAUUUGAAGCAACCCAAGAAGGUGGCAGUUGGAAGUCAUUUAGCAUCCUUCCUCAGAGCUCAGAACUUUGGAAGAAGCGUACAUGAUGCUCCUGGAAAGAUCUCAGAACUUAGAUUAAGGCAUGAUCAUUUGUGAAUUAUAUGAACUCUGCAGAAUUUACUUUCAACAUACAUAAGCAAUUCUAAGCUAACCAUUUGGAAUUGUUAUGCAAAGUGUUGCCAGAGUCAAACAGAAUGUUUGUUUUCUUUCACAUGAUAUUUGGUGGGGAUGGUGGAGAACAGAGCUAUGUCUGAAAUAUGAAAAAUAUCCAUUUUUCCUUGAUACAAAUAUUGCGUAUCAUUACAUUUAUAAUAUACCCAGUUGGUGAAAAUAUAUAUAUUCUACAUAUGCAGGUCUCACUCCCAUCUCAGAUUGAGAUUUAAGGAUCAAGACUGUGUUCACAUACAUUUUUGCUAUUAUUAUUCAUUUUAAACAUGGCAAAAGUUUAUAUAAUAUAUGAAAUAAACUGCAGUUUUAUUUAUUAAAUAUAUUUUUUUAUAAAUCUAUAUUUCUAUUAGUUAUAUUCUAUACAAGGAAACAUUACUUUGUACUCACACAUUUUUAUCACUAUGUUAAAUGUAGGUUUGGUAUUUUUAUGGCCAUAGUUUAUAUAUGAACCAGUCUUACUUUCACUGGACCAUGAAUAUCCCCUAUUGACUUCAGUGGGAUUACUCAUGGAAUAAAAUUUUACUUUAUGUGAGUAAGAGAAUCAGAAUCUGCCCCAUAUUAGCAAAAUAUGGACAUCCUGUGAUAGAGGUCGUUAGCAAACUUUAAAGGAUCAGCCAAAAUUAUUUUCAUAGAAUAAUUACAGCACUAAAUGAAAAAUAAACACAUUAAUUCAAUCCACUCAGAACUUCUCAAACUCCUAAAAAUGUUCCAUUUUCUUCAGUAUUUUUGGACAUUCAAAACUCCACAAAGCAAAAAUGUACUAAUACUUAUUGGGUCAAAGUCUGCUCUCAAUCAUAGAAAUGAAAAUGUACGAAUAAAUUUUGCUCUCAAUUUCUAUAUUUACACCAAAGUAAUUAUGAGCAGAAUUUGAUCCUGAAGGUCAUGGAAUUAUUCCCCUAUUUACGUCUGAAUAACUGAGAGCAAAAUCUGGCCCAGUUAAAAAAAAAAUAUUUGCAGACAGAUUCUUGCCGAUAAACCUCUAACUUUUAAAAUAAUUUUCUCACUAUAAAGGAUAUUUAAGCACUGGAACAGGUUACCUAAGGAGAUUACAGAAUGCUGAAGAUUUUUAAGAACAGGUUAGAUAAACAGUUGUCCGGGAUAGUCUAGGUAUACUGAAUCCUGUCUCAGUGCGGGAAAUGGAUUAAAUGUCCUCUUGAGGUCCCUUCCAGCCCUACAUUUCUAUGAUUCUAUAAUUCUAAAUGAGAACAGUGACACCUCUUUGAGGAAACCUAAACUUAUAACAUUUUCUUACCUCCUUUUUAAUUCACCUAAUAACUUUCCAGAAAACUUUGUUCAAUUCUAAUUUAAAAUUGUCUAAUCUCUGCAAAAGCAAAUCAUCUGUUUACAAAAUAGUCUGGCAGAGAAAGAUAAAAAUUUAAGAAAAAGUUCUUGAUAAUUUCAGAUGAAUGAUAUAAACAAAUACACAACAGUGAGAUUAUUAUCCUAAAUGCAGUAUUUUCACAAAUUAGAGAUGACACAUUUAACUAGUUUUUGAGUCCGAUUGUGAGUUGUAGGAUUAUCCCUAACUUCUGAAUAUAGAUAUUAAUACACAGAGAAAUAUUAUUCCAGGAUUUAUUUUCACUGUGGAAAAUGAAAGGCACCAUUAUUGUUAUAUUAUUUAUUAUAUUUUAAUAUUAAAGUAUAGCUCAGAAUUAGACAAUGAAAUAUAUGUAAAUGAUAAUCACCUAAAUAAACUUUCUACUUAUGUAUUUAAUAACUUACAUUUAGGCUAAAUCUGCUCUCAGAUUUGCACAUGAUAUUCAAUUAAAACCAAUGGAAGAUAUGUACCCGAAGGCAAAAUUUGGUCCAUUAUACUUUGAAUAGUAUCCAAAGUAGUUGCAUUGCAUUAAAUACUCAAUAAGUUGAAGCAGGAGUAUUAGAUUUUGAUAGAUAUAUCUAUCUAUCUAUAGAUAGAUAGAUAGAUAUAUGCACGCAUUGAUAUUUAGGGCCUCAUCUACCAGAGAGCAUCCAUCCUUCCCAUUUGCAGGUUGGCUGGCUGUGGAUGCUAUCUGCUGGACCAGGCCAUUUAUGUGUGUUGGAUACUCAUAUAUCAGCUUAAGAUGAGAGAUGAUCUCCCUGUCUUCUCAUGCAUCUGCAAGCCAAUUCAUCUUCCCAUCUGGGGUAUGAGUUCCAUAGGAUUAACCACCUCACAGGCUUGUGAGUGUUAUUUUUAAAAUUAUCUGGGGGGAAAAACAAUUGUCUAGCAGCAGAAAAUGAACAGGGAGGUACAUUGGUCAGUGGUUUUGAUCACUUUGGCCUCAGGAAAGCUUGUGGCUUAGUAACAAUUGCAGGAAAACUACUGCUUGGGGUUCUAAGCCUGUACAAAUCCUGGGGCAAAUAAGAGAGAUGUAUACUUGGAUGUGUGACUAUGGGAGAGGUAGAGAAGUAGUGCACAUGGUGUGUUUUUAAUGAACAACCAACCCCACAUUGGUAAUUAGAGGGAGUAGGGGAUUAAUCUUUUGCUAAAUAAUUAUUUAGUCAUGGCUUUUAUUGGAGGGGAGCAAGAGAAUAGGUGCUAAAUGUGGGUGGUUCCUAGUCUAGGAUUUGCAAAACCAAAUUAACAGAUGGUGGAUAAGAAACUACCCAAAUACUACAGAUUAAAAUUAAGAAAUCUAAAAAAGGCCAGGCUUCGAAGUGUGCAGCCUCCAGGGACACUGGGUGGAGGCAGCACUGCUAACUCUUUUAAAACAGAGUCAGAAGAGUGGGAAGGACAGUACACCUCUACCUCGAUAUAACGUGACCCAAUAUAACACGAAUUCGGAUAUAACGCGGUAAAGCAGUGCUCUGGGGGACGGGGGCGGGCUGCGCACUCCGGUGGAUCAAAGCAAGUUCAAUAUAACACGGUUUCACCUAUAACGCGAUAAGAUUUUUUGGCUCCCGAGGACAGUGUUAUAUCGAGGUAGAGGUGUAUGUACAGUUCCCAGGCCCUCUGCAAAGCCACCAAAUUGACAUUUAAGAGCAGACUCAUCCCUGGUGCUAGUACUAUGGGCCGUUGCAGCAACACAAGAGUGUUCUUGCUUUUAUGCCUCAUACCUCCUAGCCUGCCCUGGAAUGCUCUCCACAGGCCAAGUCUUGGUCUCUUGCACAAAAUCUGCCUGAACUCGCUAUGUGUAAGGAGGGAGACAGAGCACUAGCACAGCUCCUUCAUAGCCACUACUACAGUCCACUGGCUGUAGUGACAGCAGCUGCCCCUAAUAUAUGGGGAAGGGGAGUUGGCCCAGUGAAUCCACAUAGUGAAGACGUCCCCCGGCCACACCUCCAUUUCCUCCUCUCCACUUCUGUGGAGAAAGCUGCCUCUCCACAAUCUACUGCUGCAGUUCAGCUCUUUGCCUAUGGUCAGAAGGAAAGAGUAAGAUUUGGCUCCUUAGACACUUCGGAUGACUCCCGUUCACUUCAGUGGGCCUUUAAUCAGGCCUGUAUAAUUUGCCCUCAAUAUAAAUGUUAGUUAUACUGUGCUAAGGAGAACAAACUCCUAAGGGCUUAAUAAAUACACGGUUUAAUAAAUAUACUGGACACAUUGUCCAUGUAUGCUGGAAGAAGGACAGGAGACACUGGAUGUGGUUUAAUUAGGCCACAAUUUUAUUCUUAAAUGUCUUGGAGUACCCAGCAGAUAAAAGUGUACAGUGUAGGUAAUUCCAUAAUCAUUUCACUAUAUACAGACGCUUCCAUCAGCCUGCCCCCUUACCCAUCCUGGUCCCCAGCCAGCCGGCUGCUGGGAUCUCACCAAAAUGAUGGCUAGGGGGUGGCUAUAAAGGAGGGCCCCCAAACACUUCCUGUUUCUGCUCUCUUAAAUCUUUUACCAAUCUACUUUAUCUGAUCACUGUAUCCAUUCCCUGUGGAGUACUGGUAAUGGACAUCCACCCAACCAUGUAAAGAGUUGUGAUAUUAUAGCCUAACUCCCAUUUCAUGUUUGCCCCAACUAAGCCCCCUCAAACCCACUAUGGGGUAGGUGGAAAAACCCCACUUCACCUUGGCCAAUCUGGCAGUGAAGGAAAAAUUUCUUCCCAGCACCCCAAGAAAGGAGCAACUAACACAAUGCCCACAGUAAGUCCUGACAAAACCUGGGAUUUGACUACUACCAUAGGUAGGUGCUGCUCCAUCUGGUUCACGUAAAAGAGGGCUUUUCCUGCACCAACAUGGACCUUUAUAGUCCCCCACUCUUCUGGUAAAUCUGGGGGGAUGGAUCAACAUCCCCUUGCUGACCUGGUCUUCAGCUGCAGCAAAGUCAUUCCCUGGCUCUCUAACCCUUACAGGGGCACACACCUUUUCCAACAAGCCAGCCAAAGGUGCCCACAGCUUAAUGUGUGGUGAGGUCAUUAUAAUGUGACUAUUUUAAAAUAGAUGCAUUUAUAGAUCACCUUUCAUCCUGAGAAGGGCCAAAGCACUUUAUCAACUAUGAAUCUGUCUCAAUACUUUCCUUGGUUAGUAUGGGAAACUCCUGCAGAUAUUAAUGGAGUCUCUAGCUGUGAAUCAAGGACAGUAUACAGUCCUAAAUACAGGAAUUACUUCACCCACUCCUGUCACUUCACACAUAUAUGCUGUUGCCAUGUUUGAAUGAAUAUUUUGUAUUUCCUUUCUGCUGGCAGAAUCAUGUUUAAGCAAUGGUAUACCUGAGAUGUGCAUUAUAUUUAUUUCUAUUUAUUGUGUAAUAGUACUUUAUAUGACUCAUGUUUCACUCUGAACAUCCUCCUACCCUGUACUUUGUGUUCUUAUGCUCCAUCAUAUAUGUGCACAUUUACUGGACUAAAUUCCAGUGAAGACAAUAGAGUUAUAUCAGGGAUGAAUUUGGCCAUUAUCUUAAUGAUUUUUGUUUUACAGUGUUCGUCAAGGUACUGCGGAGUGAAUUAUGCCAAAAGGCUUUUCUGAUUUUCCAGAAUUAUCAUUCUGUUAAGAUUCCCAUCAUGUACUUAAACAACAAGGAGUCUGGUGGCACCUUAAAGACUAACAGAUUUAUCUGGGCAUAAGCUUUUGUGGGUAAAAAACCCACUUCUUCACAUGCAUGGAGUGAAAGUUACAGAUGCAGGCAUUACUUGGGAGUACCUCACAAGUGGAGAGAAGGUAGUACCUCACAAGGCAAUGGCCCAGUCAACACUGGUUCUCCACUUGUGAGGUAACUCCCUUCUCUUCGUGUGUCAUUAUAUAAUGCCUGCAUCUGUACCCUGUAACUUUCACUCCAUGCAUCUGAAGAAGUGAGGUUUUUUACCCAUGAAAGUGUAUGCCCAAAUAUAUCUGUUAGUCUUUAAGGUGCCACCGGAUUCUUUGUUGUUCUUGUGGAUACAGACUAACAUGGCUACCCCCUGAUACAUGUCAUCAUGUACUUGCAAUUCUGGCAGCAUCAGUGGCUGUGUAUGUGAUUCCCAGGUUUUUCUCUUUUCCUUGUGUAGCUCCAGUAAUGAUUCUUCUCUCAUCUAAUGUGACUUCCUGUCAAAAUAUACUGUAUAUUACAAUUUGUACAUGCUGAUGUUCCCCAAGAUAAGUUUUGCAAAGAAAAGAGGGCUAAAUGUCAGAAACACUGAAAAAAACCCUACAAAGUGGGAGGUUGCUUAUAUUGAAAAUUUUCAUCAUUUGAGUUUGUAGAAAGUUGUUUUUAGUAUGUGAUGUUAAAACACUAAACACAAAAUCUGUUCAUUGUGUUAGUAAUAGCUAGAAAAAGUUUUGAAAGGCAUCUCUCUGAAAACAGCAUGACCAGAUCCAGAUAUACAAUAUCUAUCUACUCUCAUCAAGCUAUUGUUAUCCCACUGCAAGGCCAAGGUCUCUUCAACGCUGUUCCUCUACAUCAUGCUGAAGGGCUUGGCCAAAACCCCAUGACACCUGAGGGUGCAAGCUGACGAGGCUGAGUUAUCAAUCAUCAAGUCCGUUUCCCCAGCGACCUCGCUACCAAGGCUGAACUAACACAUUGCUAAUCCCAAUGGCAAGAGUUGACAGGCUCAUUGCCAUUGAUUGUCGCCUUAGGUCCAAGCCCUGUGUAUACACUCAUUGAGAUCAUUGUGGGGGGGAGAACAUAUGAAUUUAAAGCAGCGCAGCAGUGAGAAAUAUGAUAGUUGUAGUGCCUAGUGUGAUGUCUUAUAACUUUAAAUAGAUGUAUGAAAAACUAAGCAACAAGAUUUAAAUGUAGAAUGUUUUCUACAGAGUUUUUGUGCAGAUAAUUUGUAAAGUGAUGAAUGUUAACUGUUUGUUGCUUUAUUAGAAAUAAUUUUAAAUUGCAUAAGGCCUUCUUGUGUAACUGUAUUAUUCUUGUAUAGGAUAAGAGUUGCUUCUGUUGUCUUUAUUAUGAACAUUAAUGCCUGGGUCAUCAUUUAAAGAUAAUGUUUUUCACAGGGGCAGCUUUCCUGUUAUGUUGGCCAUUUGGGAGGGACAGUUAAAACGUUUCCAUUUUAUUACAAGUACUUAAGAAGUAUUAGAGUUAUGACGAAAAGCUGAAAACUGGAGAAAGUGGCAAAUAUAAUGGCAGUUUGGACGAAAUGUUAGCUCUGUUCCUCAAUCAUACUGAAGUUCUCAUAAUUAAUACUAUACUAUGGUCGUUGUGCUCCAGGGAGGGUCUGAUCCAAUUCCCUUUGAAAUAAAUGCAAAGACUCCACCUGACUUCAUUGUAAAUUGGAUCAGGCGCCAGACUCCAGGGAGGGUUUAUUUGCAGAAAGUAUGCAGUAUUGAGCCCAAACACAGUGCUCAGAACUUCUAGGCUGAAAUCAAAUGGCACCACUCCUGUCUAUGUUUUGAACUCUAGAAACCAUGCAAAUCCUUAGCAGUGCUCAGCCCGCGGGCAUAGCCUUGUAGAGAUUUCCACACUGUAGAAAACAGAUGAGUAUUAUAGUACAUCUGGGCCUGUACAUUUUUAUUUAACUUACUUAGUCUUGAUGUACUUUAAUUAUCCCUAUUAUUAUUCAUAUUGUGGAAGUGCCCAGAGGCUCCACUCAGGAUCAGGGCCCAUUUUAAUAGGAGGCAAUCAAACAUACGGGAAGACACAAUCCCUGCCUCAUGGAGCUUAUAAUCUAACUGGGGGAGAAUAUUGGCAGUAGCUAGAAGCCAGCUGAAUAAAGAUUAUUUAUUUGUGGCAAAAGUGCAAAAAUUUCAAACUCAUUUUUGUCCCACAGGUUUUAAAAAAGGAGCAAUUAAUUGGUCCUUCUGCUCCUUUUUCUCCCUUUGCCACUGAAAAAGGGGAAAACCAGAAUAUUGUAAAGGUUUUAAUUUGGUGUUUUCUUGCGGGGGAGGAGGGGACAAAGUUUCCCAUGCACAAAAAAAAUUUCCCCAAAAUUUUCAUAAAAACAGGCUUUUUAAUAUAAAACUCAAACACAAUAAAUACAAUAAAAUAAAUCUUUGGGCCAGAACAUUUAGACCAGAUCUAUUAGUGGCUAGUUGCGACUGUUUGGCAGCUCUUCCAUAAAAAAAAAAAAGAGUUCUUAAGGGGAAAAGACAACAAUAGAUCAGUGAUUUUCAAACAUAGUUUGGGAACCCCCUUCUGGUCCCCAGACCACAGUCUAAGGGUCCAUGAAAGAAGACUACGAAAAUAAAAAAAUUCAGAGCCCAGAAAAGGCAUUCUGGUUUUCUGAUUAAUCAAAAGUAUGUGAAUAUUCCCAGGGCUGGCUCCAGCAUUUCUGCCGCCCCAAGCGAUCGGCAGCAGCAGUUCAGCGGCAGGUCCUUUGCUCUAGAGGGAGUGAGGGACCUGCCGCCCCGAAUUGCCACAGGUGCCGCCCUCUCCCUUGGCCGCCCCACACACCUGCUUGUUAAGCUGGUGCCUGGAGCUGGCCCUGAAUAUCCCCAUCCACAGGUCAAAACCCAGAAGUGUUGUCAUUACCAUAGAAGCCCACAGUUUAGCGCCCUUUCUCAUGCUGCAUCAAAUGCCGUGCUGAGCAUGUGCAACAUUUAUAGUUUAAUUCUGUUCUGUCCGUUUUCAGAAAUUGUUCUGGGGGUCCACAAAUGGAAAACAAAAAACAAACAAACAAAAAAAAAGGUUGAAGACCACUGCAACAGAUAAUUCUAUACCUAUGAAAGGGAAUAUACUGCAAUGUGUAUUAGCUAUGCAUAAAUAACAUGAGAUCACAUAUUCCUUAGUUCAUUGCACAAAAGAUAUACACCUACUAUAUAUAAAAUAUAUACAUAGAAAAAACAAAUCAAAGCUGGAAAUAAGAGUCUAUAUAUUUAUUAUUAUAACUUAGAAUGUAAUUUUUCACUGUGAAAAAUAAUCAGGUAAGCCAACAAUGUUUAAACACACCCCAUCCCCUCACUGUGUACACCAUAUGACCACCAAGAAAGAUUGUAAAUGACCUACAGUGUACCCUUCAGUGAUAUGGUAAAAACAAAUUUUAUUAUGUGUACAUUUUAGAUAAUAAAAAUAUAUUAAUUUUGAAACUUUUUCAAGAAGCUGGCUGAGAUUAUUACUUUAGUAU